CAUUAAAAGUCGCUCUAACGUAGAAACCGUAGAUUGGUUCGGCAUUAAGCGUCAGCGAUCAGGGGUUAGGAGCUAUCAGAUACCCGCGCUAGUGCUAACAACCUCCCGCGACAGCAGAAGAUGCGGCAGCGAGCAGCGAGCUUGCACAACCGAAGCUUUUCGUAACAAAUACUUUUGUAACAUGCCCAUGUAGGGCUGUACCUGGUGAGGUAGGCUACCGCGAUUGGUACACGAGGGAGAGCUGUUUGGUCGUUAAAGGACAACGCGAUGGACCUCCACAAAAUCAUCCACAGUGCCCUGCAGGAAUUUAUUCAGGCUUACAUCCCUGAUGCUGACCUCAGCACCCUGGACGAUGUUCUCCUGUCCUACAUCACCGGAGUCCUGGAGGAUCUGGGCUCCCAGCAGAGUGUCGAGGAGAACUUUGACGUGGAGGUCUGUGCAGAGAUGUUGGAAGCUUACAUACCUGGCUUUGCCGAAAUUGACAGCGUCAAGGUCUGUGAAAUGAUGUUCAAUCUGGCUUCAAAACUGGCCAUCGCUCGGGCCUCAGAAAACGUUGAGCCCAAGGCAAGGACAGAAGACAAUUCACAGAAACUCGACCCCCUGCCCAGUGAACCACCACCGGGAGAAGAAGCGCAGUGCCUUAAAACACAGACAGAGGGCGCCACCGCCAAGCCACCAGUGUCUGAGCGGGAGUCCCGGGAGCAGCACCUGCUGGAGAUGUUUCCCAAGUGCGGUCUGUCGCAGGCUCGCAGCGCCCUGUCGAUCGCCAAAGGAGACAUGGAGGAGGCCGUGCGCCUUAUCAUAGAGGGUGACGUCCAACUCAGCCCCACUCCUCAUCACGCAAACCACGGGAAGAGUGUUUCCCCACGAGCAGACCAAAAACUUAAAGAGAGCAUCCUCGAGAAGUACAUGCUGGUGGACAGGGAGGAGGAUAAGAAAACACACCGGCCUGUCGCCCCCAAAGAUCCUCCAAAGAAGCUAGUUCGGUACCACAGUAACCAGGUGGUAACCACAAAAGGAGAGCGGUAUCAGCUGGUGAAGAAAGACGAAGCAGAGGACAUGAAGAAGACGUAUGUCAACGUCAAGCCUGCACGAAAGUAUAGAUUCCAUUGAUGACGUGCACAACAGUGCAAGAGCAACUACUGACAAUAUUGUUUACACUUCUUUUUAUUUAUUAAGUUAAUUUGGCCUAAAUUUGUUAGAUUUCUUUCCAAGUAAAGGAACAUAUUUAUUAGUGUGUGAGUGGCUUAUUUUUAAAUAUUGUUACCAUUAUAUGCCUUGGUUAACACAUUCAAUAAGUGUUUCAGUUGCUUUUGACAUUGUGUGAUAUUUUGGUGAGGUUGUUGCGACGGCCUAACCUAAUCUACUUUUUGCCAUUUCAGCAGGUUUGAUGUUGCACUAACAUCAGGGGCUGUUUUACGUCUUGGUUUUCUUUUUUUAUUUAUAUUUCUUUUAACUUCCAGUAGACGAUAUAUAGAUUCAUAAUCAUGACGCGAUGACGUAGAGAUGAAUCUGUGGUCUUUCUGUCAAUAAGUUCUUGUGGUGCUGUAGAGAUUCUUCUGGACAUUUUACAAGUCUCGACUACUUUUUUUAACGUACAUACCAAUUCAUUUUUACAUCAUACCGAGAUACAGUGCUGUGAAGAUGUGUGGUCAAGCCUUGUGAUUUGGACAAUUUGUUGUGCUAUAAAAUGGUUUUCAAAUGGAAAACAUAACUUUCAAUAAUGAAGGAGAUGCUUUCGAGGCAUAUUAGCACAACCUUGAACUGUCCUCAUAGCAAGUAAAUAUGCUGCAGUUAAAUCCACAAGAUCAUCUCCCAUCACACCCUUUAGUGCAAAUAAAGGAAAUGUAUGUGAUAAUAUGCAACGUCACUAAAAUGUUAUCCAAAAGUGAGAUUUGUUUGCCUGUGGCUACAACCCGAGAGAUCUUUUUGUCAAAGCAAUUUUAAAACCAACCAUCAAUGAAUUCAUUGGUAAUACGUUUUCCAGCACAACAAAUUCACUUCUCAAGAGUACCUACCAUUGCAGCACUCAUUCUUUUGGCAUAAUAACGUGGAUGACCGUGGUUGCUCCCUAAAUGUUUAGCGAAAAUGCUGCGGGAGGACCUGAUUUUGAAGUUCACUCCAACAGCAUUAUCUUUAUUUUUGAUAUAGAUGUUUAGAUUUGCAAAGUCUCCGAUCAUGUGUUUAUUGUGUGCUUUCAGGGUCUGUUUGUACAAAUGUGUUCCCUAAGAGGUCCUCUAUCACGACUCCUUUCAUUUCAGUGGUGUUGUGAAUUGUGCUUCGCUGGUGAUUGUUGGUUGUGGAAUUUUUUUUUUAUGAUUGGAUUCUUAUUUGUUGUAUAUUAUGAUAAAUGUGUUAGUCAGGUUGUUGUUGUUUUUUUUCAACAAAUAUAUAUUGUUGUUUAUUUGUGUUCCCCUUUUGCAUCUAUUUUUAGGAACUAAAAGCAAAUGUUUUUGAUUGGUGGUAAUCUAGUUUUUAGAGUGUAGGUGUAGCACAAUCAACUGUUGAAAAGAUGUUACUGAUUAUCAGCAGCAAUGUUGUCUUUAAUCACUAGAUGAAGCCGUUUAGUUUGAACCAUGCGCUUUGAGAAACCGCUGACGCACAAUUUGUAGUAAAUAAAUACUAAUUUUUGUAGCUCA